ACUACUGCUGCUGCUGCUGCUGCUGCUGCUCGCAUUGGCACAAAGACGCGCGUUUGCUGGGAUUGGAGCUGCAGUCCACUUCACAGCAGCUGCAGUGCCACAAGUGCAGGAGGAAAUCUGUCAGGAAAACUACGCGCCCGCUGCUCUCCUCCCGAACUCUUUGGUGGAUCGAGUGGAGCGUCUUUUAUUUCAUUCUCCUGCAGCCACAGAGAAUAAUGAUCACUUCACACCUACAAUGAGACAACGUGCAGGGCUGAGUGGAGGAGCUGUGUCGGAAGAAGUGCAGUGAGGAGGAGAAGCAGCGCAGAGACUUCCAGGAGACCCGCAGACGAGUGGAUGCCGCCUCCGGUGCGGAGCUGGUCGCUGUCCGACGCGCGAGUGGUGCUGAAAUUUGGAUGAUGCCCGGCCAGCGACUGCAAGGCUGCCGCUCCCUGCACCUCAACGAGGACAACGGCCGCUUCGUGCUGCUCGCCCUCCUCAUCGUCCUGUACCUGCUGUGCGGCGCCGCGGUCUUCUCGGCCAUCGAGCGGCCCUCGGAGCUGCGGGCCCACGGCCGCUGGAACGGGACGCUCCUCAACUUCAGCGAGACCUUCAACGUCAGCCUGCGGGACCUCAACUCCUUCCUGCGGGAGUACGAGGCAGCCAUCGCCGCCGGCAUCCGGGCAGACGCUCUGAGGCCACGAUGGGAUUUUACAGGGGCUUUUUAUUUUGUUGGAACUGUGGUGUCGACUAUAGGUUUCGGGAUGUCAACACCUGUGACAGUCGCAGGGAAGGUGUUCCUGAUCUUUUAUGGUCUUCUGGGCUGCGCUGCCACCAUCCUCUUCUUUAACCUUUUCCUGGAGCGCAUCAUCACUCUGCUGGCCGUGGUGAUGAAGGCUGUAAGGGAGCGACGAAUCAGGAACAGCGGUCUACUCCCGCCAGGCAUCCGCCAUGACUUCUCAGCCUACUCCCUCCCAGGCUGGAAGCCCUCUGUGUACCACGUGAUGCUGAUUCUCGGCCUGUCAGCCAUCACUAUCUCCUGCUGUGCAUCAGCCAUGUACACCCCCGUUGAGGGCUGGGCGUACUUAGACUCGCUCUACUUCUGCUUCGUCACCUUCAGCACCAUCGGCUUUGGGGACUACGUCAGCAGCCAGACCGCCGCUUAUGAAUACCAAAACCUCUACAGGGUGGCCAACUUCCUUUUCAUGCUAAUGGGCGUGUGCUGCAUCUACUCGCUCUUUAAUGUCAUCUCUAUCGUCAUCAAGCAGGUGCUCAACUGGAUCCUCGAGAAAAUGAGCUGCUUGUUUUGCCAGCGCUGCAGUAACGCCAACGCCUUACUGGGCAGACGCAACGCAAUCCGACCGGGCUCCCGGGGUCGCCAGAGUCGGUUUGGCCAGCCGUCCGACUCCGAAGGACCUUGUGAUAGUGACACUGAGGGACGCAGACUAUCUGGGGAGAUGAUCUCCAUGAAAGACCUGGCAGCCUCUAACAAGGUGUCGCUGGCCCUCAUGCAGAAGCAGCUGUCUGAGUCAGCCAAUGGAUAUCCCAGGACAGUCUCUGGCAGCUCGCGCCAUAAUGGUUUCUCUGGGGGGGUUGGCGCCCUCGGUAUCAUGAACAACAGGCUGGCAGAGACGAGUAACUCCAGGUAGAGGCCACAGUCAAACAGGAGUAUGACAGCUCUUCAUGUCAGGCUGUGACACUUUUGAAAUGGAUCACCAGUGUAACUUGUUAUGCAUGAUACAUUUUGAUUUUUCAGAUACUUUUGGAAAUACAAGCCUGUGGUGAUGAUACAGGUAAUGACUUUGAUGGUUUGAUGUUGAUGGCAUGACGAGAGAACCACAGAGUCAACAUUAACAAAUACAUAAGUCGAUUGGGAAGCAUGGGGACCACCCAUCACCCAUUUCAUUAACCUUAAACCCAACCCAGAACAAAUAUCUCUUAACCAUCAGUCCGUAGAAAUAGUCUGUUGUACACGCUCGAUAUAUCAGACUUACAUGACUGAAAUCUUCUGAGCCAAGGGAAGUACACAGUGCAAUCUUAAUCCUUCAUGGGAGUUUGCCAGUUUAUAUGAAUGUACAUAUUUAAUACUCAUAUAGACAUGACGAGUGUAAUCACUGAAUGAUAUAGCACAUACUGAACUAUGCAUUUUACUUUUCAUGCAUUUUUUUGCACCAUUUCUAGACCUUCAAUUGAUUGUGCAAUCCCCAUUCAUUCUUGACACGGGUCAAGUUUCUACCCUCAGGUGACUACUUUUCAUUUCUGGGGCGGUGUGUAGAAAGUGAAGUUUGUGAGCAGGGCAGUGAUGUAGCUGAUUUUGUCAGGGGCUGUAGCGAGGGGAGGUUUUAAGAGAUUAAGGGGCUACAAAGAGUAGUUUCCCCCAUUCCUGGAGAUGGAGGAAAAGAGCAGGGCUGAAGAAUGAAAAUCCAUUUCUCGUGAGAGAGGAACUGGCAUUCUUAUCAGCUCGCAACAUGUUUUGGUGGCUGAGACUUUGACUUGAAGGGUAAAAGACGCCACCUUCCAACUGUUUCUCUCUCUGUGUUUUUUACAAGCCUACAGCUGUCUGCGGGGAAAACAAACGAUAAAGGCUGGCAAUGUAUUAAUUACUCUUUGAAUGCAGACAGCGGACUUAUGUCUUUUUAAAACUAAAUAAAUGGAGUGUGGGUUUAUUUUUUGUUUGAAGUUAAAUAUAAGGGAAAGGAAAGGAGGCAAAUUAUUGUUAUUGGCACAUUAUGUUAAAUGAAGCAGAUCAAACGUAGCCGGGUCAAUCUCCCUUUGCUGGAGUGGGAACACAAACCCCCAAAGGAUUGCUCUAACUUGUAUUGAUUUAUCCUUCGUGGAAAUUCGUCGAGGGUAAAAGAAAGUCUGCAGAGGGUGAUUUUCCUCUUGAUUUCAGUGUAAACGUGUGGCCAAGAUUGAAUGGAUAGAGGGUGUUUUUCGGAAGAACAGGGUGCUACCCUGUCAGGUUUCGAUUGCGAUGUUCGUGUUGCCAGGAACCAUCUAUUCCGAGGAGUCUGUGAUGUAAAGGUGUGUGGUGGUGUUUUAAUGUUUGUAAACAGGAAGACAGAGGAGAAGACAUUGAUUGUUAAAUGUCCGGGAGAGAAGGAAAUCCAAACGUACACACGAUACGAAUCAACGGCCUCUCAAAUCAACUCUUCCUGGCGUCCAUCUUCAUCAUCUUAAUAUCCACGCGGGCCGCUCACUUCUUCAUCUCUGCAUUCACUUCACACACACUGCACCAAAACCCUCCUGCUUCCUUUUUUCUUGCAGAUCUCUGCUCUCUCCUCACGCUCAUCACCCUUUACACUGUGAAUAUGAGACAUGCCAUAAAUGUAUAUAUAUACAUGAAGAACUGGAACGUCUUAAAAAGCGUUCUUACAAUAAGGCGUGACACGGAUCUGGAUCUGUCCUCAGUGUAUUCCAUCACUUCAGAGCAUAGAGCUAAAUAAUUUCCUUCACUCCCCAGUCUCACUGAGAGGACUAGAGAAAAAUGACUCAGGUAGUUCAAACUUCAGGCUUGUCUUAGUUUUUUCCUGCAUGCCAAUAUGGUAAAGCCAUACAAGGUAGAUGUAUAUAAAACAGAGGACUCUUUAAAGUCUAUUUUUCUACUUACAGUAUAGCUUUCAAAUAUCUACAUGUGGAUGACUGAAGAGGUCACUGUCACGUCUCUCACACAAUCCGUCAACAGACUGAUGGGAUGCGACAUUCAGAACUUACCCACCCACAAAACGUAUGGUCAUAGGGAACACAGGCAUUUCAAGUGUUGAGGAAUAUUUAGAAAGAUUUGGAAAAAUGCAUGUACGAUGUAUUGUCGACAGUUAGAUGAGAAGAUGACACCACUUCACAUCUUUGCUGUAAAUAUGAAGCUAAAGCCUAAGUUUUGCAUGAAGACCAGAAGCUAUUUAGUCAUAAAAUCAGAUUCAACGACUGUGGCCAGGAGAGCUCAACGCACUGCAAAUAAAGAAAACACAUGCACAUAGAAAAAACAUGUGCAAAUUAGGAAAACAACUUCAUCAAGUUGACGACACAUGCGCUACAAAAGGUCACGACACAUGCAAAUACAGAAACACGCUCCAAAUAGCGAAAACGACAACAGAAAUGGGAACCAAAAAAGUGAUAAAUCUGGCUGUGGUUCAAUGCUUUGUGAAGUUCCAUCACCACUGACGAGUAGCAGACUACAAUAACUUCGUAGUUUUUUCUGUUUUCACGUGUUGAAACUUCCGUGCAAUAUGCUAACAAAAUCUUUCAGCAGUAGACUUAAAUCAUCAUCAUUGGUUAACAAAUUAUACAUAAAUAUUGUUAAAUUCAUUAGGAAACUAGGUAAAAUUACUAGUUUUAUGACUAACCAGCUAUUGCCCCAUUCUUUGUCUUAAUGCUAAGACAAAGAGCUAAGCUCACCAGCUGCUAGCUAUAGCUUCAUAUUAUAUAAUACCUUACACUGUAAAUAAAGAUGGACGACGCAUCGCUACCUCCUCCCUCAUUACAGAUAUGAAGCCUUACUAACGCAAGAGUUUCGCUCCGAUUACGUCAUUUGGAACAGAUAACGACAUUUGGAGAGAGUCCGACUCAGCUGUCAAUCAUCAUGUUUAAAACUGUUUUGAUAGCAUCAAAUAACUAUCUAAUACCAAACUUAUUGGACAAUGUAGCACUUGGACAUCCACCAGUGCGAUAAGAACUACCUAAAAACCAUCACAUUUAUUUGACGUUCACUUUGACUUUUUAGUUUGGUCCACAUCCACGAUUGUAGCCAGCCACCAGGGGGCGGCUGAGACAUUUUGGCUUCACUUUUAGGGGGAGUCAUGUCAUCCAUCCUUAUAUACAGUCUAUGAUAAAGACAUGUAUUUCCAAAAAUGUUCAUUUUGUUCUUUGACAAUACCCAGUAGAGUGACUCCUGAACCGUGGAGUGAACAUAUGUUGGUGAUGUGGAGCUUGCAGAGCCAGGGGCCAUGCGGUAGCAAAUAACAUACUGUAGUUUCAAUUCAAUGGUGUUUCCCUGCUGCAAUACGUCGCCAGAGGUGGAUGUUUUGCUGGCAUGUCUCUAGAAUAAUGAUUCAUGACUGAUGUAAUACAGUAUGUGAACCUUCAUAUUUCCCCUCAGAGGUUUAAGGUAACAGCGGCAGUGGUUUCAGGAUUGCUAACUGCGUUUUACAAGCUCCUGUGGCUACCUGCUGCAUCGUGUCCUCAACCUCACUUCCAGACAAGGAGCAUGUGUGUGUGUGUUUAAUGCAUCUGUGUGUCCAAACCAGUGUGUACAAGACUGAAAAUGAAAAUUAAAGGACUGUGAAUGUUAUCUUAAAUGCUUCCCUGAAUAUACAUCCCCCGUAGAAGGCAUUUGAUUCAGUAUAAUAACCAUCAAAAUGCAUUUUCCCUCAGUCUGAAACACAUCAAGCUUUUCAAGGCAUUCAAUAGAGUAUUUGAUGUUUGCUCACCUAAAAUGCAUGCGUGUCUUGAAAUCAAUUGCCUUACUUUAGUCCUUGCAUAUGACAAAAAGGUUCCUAACAGAUCUUAGUGUUUAGAGCUUGUGUGUUGUACCAUACACUCCUUUUGCAUUUUGCAAAAAUUAUCUCCAUUGAUUGCAAUGGUUUUAACUGCUCCGCUGUCCCCUGUAUCUCCUGUAAGAGGAGACAGGCGGAACAAGGAUUCACUGUAUGUUUGUUAUCAGCAGAAAUGCCUCUUCAAUGUGAUUUCACUGAUUUAUCUUUUUUUUUUUCGUGUAAUCAAUUCUCUCAUGUUCUCAUCAAAUAUGAAAUUAGAAUGAAAUAACGCAGAAUAUUUAAAGCCCACACUAUUUGUGCAUAACAUGGGUGAACAUAGCAGACUUGGAUCCCAGCGCUAUGAGAUUUGCAGUAAAGUUACAAUCGUUAAUUUAGACGUUAAUUGUCAAAAAUCAGCGAGUUUAUCCCAGUUAACGCAUCGUGCUGUAUUCAAACUGGAAAAUCUGAUCUGUAGUCAACAGCACCUUGACUGUGCAGAAGCUCCAUUAAAAUGACAUGCUCCAUAUCUGUUACAUGCACCAUAAUAAAACAAUUUGUUUGAAAUGAGCAGAGACUGGAGAUGUUGUUAGAGUUCAUCUUAAAGGCUUUCGAUGGUGCUAACAGCGUUAUCAUUAAUUAAUUUCACAGUAUGAUACACAACACUGUGCUCUACUCGCCGCUCUCCUCUGAGGCGGAGCACGUGAACUCUUUUCGCAUUCAGAGACUGUUUACGCUGUUCGUUUCAAGAACAAGAGGCAUUGCACAUUAAUUUGGCUGGGGCACACUGGAAAUGGCUGUUAGCAGAAGGCAGGUAAACAGCUGAGUGGCUCGGUAACAGAAUGAUAUAUUACAGCUCUGUUUGGCUGCUUCUGAUCUCAAACAAGAGUCACACUGUCAGCUUUGAUCCAGAGCUUGAUUCCCAAAUCCACAGGACAUGUGUAGCUGCUGGUUUUUUAUAUAGACCAUAUGAGGACGGUGAUAUGGAGACACAAACUGCAUCCACAUUUCAAUUGAACAGCUGCUCCUGGCGUCUGUAAUCCACAGCUAUGUUGACCUUUGCCUCCAUCAACAUUGGCAUCAGCACCUCGGUGUGUGUGUGUGUCUCAUGUUGCUUGCGUUGUGGUUUGACAUCCAGUUAAUGUAUGCAAAUGAAUUCUGUUUGCAAGUUGCACAUUUAUACCAAUGAUUGUACUUUUAUAUUUAUGUAAUUAAAAGUAAAACCUAUAUGAAACAAGACGGGGGUUCCAUUAAAC